AUGUACCUCCGCGCCAUCCACGCCGAAUCCCACAUCCCAGCCCUCCACCAACUCAUUCGCCAAAACCCCCUUGGCAUCCUCACAACAGCAAUUAAAUCCCCCCUCUACCCCCUCCUCCAAUCAAGCCACAUCCCCUUCAUCAUCGACGUCCCCUCAUCCGAAGACUCAUCAGACGGCACAAUUCCCAAUGGCACUCUCCGCGGCCACAUGGCCAAACAAAACCCCCAGGCCAAGGCCCUGAUGGAAGCACUAGCAGCGCAGCAGCAACAAACCGGCAACAACACGUCUCUCGAACUUGAAGACGAAGUCCUCGUCCUCUUCACCUCCGAACACCACCACUACGUCACACCAAAGUUCUACACAGAGACCAAGCCCGCCACGGGGAAAGUCGUCCCCACAUGGAAUUAUGCUGCUGCGCAAGCAUACGGCAAGAUCCGGGUUUACUGUGACUCGAAGUCCGAGGAGACGGGGACGUUCUUGCAGAAGGCCGUGGAGGAUUUGACGAAGCAGAGUGAGGGGUCUAUUAUGGGGUAUACGGGGACGGAGGGGCGGCCGGGGCCGUGGAAGGUGUCGGAUGCGCCGGUGCCGUAUGUGGAGAUUUUGAAGAAGAAUAUUAUUGGUAUUGAGAUUAGGAUUGAGCGAUUGCAGGGCAAGUUUAAGAUGAGUCAGGAGAUGGGAAAGGGGGAUCGCGAGGGGGUGGUUAGUGGGUUUGAGGCGUUGGAGUCGGAUGUUGGGAAGGGGGUUGCACAGAUGGUGAGGGAGAGAGGGGAGAUUAAGGAUGCGCAGAAGUAG